AUGAACAUCAAUCAACCAGUGCAGGGAAGAGCCUUUGCCAUACCAUUCACCAGGGCAGCCGACCCAAAUGCCGAAUUAACUGACCAAGAACUUCGCCUACCAUUUUUGAAAAAGCUUCCUGAUAGCAUGCGCAACCAUUUCGUUGCCAUGUGUGGAGAAUAUGUUGGCACAGUUCUCUUUCUCUGGUUUGCUUUGUCUGGCACCCAAGUGGCCAACAGUAUCCCAUCAACAGGUGGUCAAACUGUCGCCGAAGCGGGCGCGAACCCCCAGCAGUUGCAGUACAUUGCUCUUUGCUUUGGCUUCUCCUUGGCUGUGAACGCUUGGGUUUUCUUCCGUAUCUCCGGUGGACUCUUUAACCCUGCCGUUACUCUCGGCAUGUGCUUGAUUGGCGCCCUGCCGUGGGUACGCGGACUUCUCCUAUUCUUUGUGCAGAUUCUUGGUGGUAUUACUGCGGCUGCACUCGUCACUUGCAUGUUCCCUCACCAGGGUAAGAUCAACGUACGCACUUCUCUAGGUGGCGGCACUUCUGUCACCCAGGGUCUCUUCAUUGAGAUGUUCUUGACAGCUCAACUUGUCUUCACCAUCUUCAUGUUGGCAGCUGAGAAACACAAGGGCACUUUCAUCGCCCCAGUCGGCAUCGGCCUUGCGCUCUUAAUCGCUGAACUGACUGGAGUAUACUACACGGGUGGCUCCCUCAAUCCUGCACGUUCGUUCGGUCCUGCUGUUGUCAACCAUACCUUCAACCAAUACCAUUGGAUCUAUUGGCUCGGACCGAUACUUGGUGCAAUCCUUGCGGCUGGAUUCUACAAGUUCAUCAAGAUCCUUGAAUACGAGACUGCCAAUCCAGGUCAAGACAGCGAUCACGCAGCUAAUGUAGAGAGAAGGAAGAACUUGCUGCUCGCCGCCGGUAUCAACGAAUACGAUGCCAGCAAGGUCGCUGAGGAGCUCACUGAGAAGACAGCUGUCGCUCAAGCUGGCGGCCCAGAUGGUACACUUGUCGCGAAUGGUCAAGGGCGUCGAAGCCAAGAGGUCGAUCGCCAGGGAAUAUACGGUACACAGUUCCGCCACAACUCGACCCACAGCAAGCACGGCUCUGACGGGUCGGACCUAACAUACCCACCGCCCCAGCGCCCACUAGCCACCACUACAGGAAGCCAGAUCGGGCGGUUCAGCUAUCUUGGCGAACGUGGUGUGGCGCCUGGAAACCCAGCUCAUGUUAACGCUCUCGCGGCAGAGACGAGGAUGGAUAGCCCCGCCAUGACGACCAACGAUCAGCUUUAUGCUCCUCUUGCCUAUGGUGCCGAUGUGCCUCUUGGUGGCUCAGUACACCCCGACAAUGAACCCAGGCAACGCUUUGGACGAACAUCAUCCAGUUAUGCUUGA